AUGCCGCUCUGCACACUGCACCUCCUGUCCCUCCACCGCACCCCGGACCCCAUCCCGCCCUUCCUCGCCGCCCUGCGCGCCACACACCUGGCCCCCCUCGUCGUCGCCCGCGUCAUCCGCUGGAUCAUCCUGCCCUCACACCUCUCCACCGCGGCCCUGCUCGCCCACAAUAUCAAAUGGGAUCUGCUGCUCAUCCUGCCCGGCACGGACGCGCUGCCACGUGACAUGGCAGCCCUGGUCGCGCACUCGUGGAGCGUCACAGCCGGCGUGCCGUCGCGCCUCACCAGCGACUUCGCAGCGCGCAACGAUAAACUGCUUCAUCCCGAUCCCGCGAGCGUCCCGCCCCUUCGCCCCGCGGCUCCGCGCGUGACGGGUAGCAGUCAGAACCUCCAGCUCAGCCGCGAGCUGGACGCGUGGAUCGACUCGUUCCUCCGCGAGGAAGGGGAUGUCGGGUCCGGCGCGGUGAGUAUGCUCAAUUUACUCGCUUUCCGAACGGGUAUGAAGGACGAGUAUCUCAAGUACGGCGCCGCAUUCGCCGAGUCCGUGGGGAGUCGCCAUGGGGGCAAUGCGAAGAUUGUUGGGGGGGUUGUGCGUGGCGAUGGCGACUUUCCCGUCCAGCGUGGAGUGCAAGAUGGGGAUGGGGUGCAGGAUAGGCUGGAAGAUGGGGUGCAGGACUGGGACGAGGUCGCGCUCGCCCAGUACCCCAGCAUUGCGCAUUUUCGCGAUAUGCUGGCGAGUUUGGAGUAUCAGGCUGUUAAUACCAGGCACAGACUGCCGAGUCUGAGGGAUACGUGUAUUCUCAUGACGAGUGAGAUUGCGGUUGAGCGCGCUCGAGACGGAGGUCGGGCGAGGCUGUAG